ACAGCAUACUUUCAAUCAUACGGUUUACUACAGUACUUAUAGCACGUCAAAUAUUAUUCCAGACCCGGAUGCGAGUGAUAAGAAGGCGACAGAAGCCUUCUGAUUCUUUAUCCCCAAACCAAACCUCUGUGUACGCAAUUAGACGCCGGCAAAGAUGAUUUCGUCCACGUUCGGCCCAAGUUUGACUCGAAGAGAUACCGCAAAAUCAAGCGUGGGACAAGAAAGUACACAUGGGACUAUCCCUCCUCCUCUAACGAGUGGAGGAGGCACACUCGGACCACAAAGCGCUGGCGCAAUAUACCAGCACAUCCAUGACAUGGCAACGAAACGGAUAUCUACUUUGGAUUAUCUUCGGAAAGCUCAUGAGGGGCGCGUAUACUGGUUCAACACAGUUCACUUCUCCCGGGCGGACCUGGGACGCAUGUCUUAUUUCGAGACUCGGAAGCUGUCUCGUCGUGCAGUCAACUACCUUCUACUUGGUUUGUCAUUACCGCCGAUUUUGGACGUCAAUUCAACGCCUUCCGAAUACCUGCGUGCCCUAAAUGCGCUACUGCUGGAAUUUGAAGCCUUCCAGCAAGUACACCCACCUGACGGGAGUUCGUCGUCAACGCUAGCCAGAGCGCGUAUUCCACAGAUGUUCAAGCGAGCAGCACACGCAGGGACAAAGGUCAGAAGAGCUAGCUCGGCAACAGAGAUUGGACUGCCCAUGCAAUCCAGCGAUCCUUCUGAUUUAAAAGCAAUGGCAGGGAAUAUCGCCCCAUCUGCGACGACAGCUGCGACUGUCAGUUCAUUUCCUCAGACAGAGUCAUCUGAACUCCUUCCAGGGGAGGAGUAUUCCUAUCUAUUAACGCCGUCGCUCCCCUUCGAGCCGGAUUUUUUCGAAACUUUUGCUACCCUGUGUGAUGUUUUGAUUGAUUGCUACACUCGAUUGGUUUCUCUGGUAUCAACUCCUUCGGUAUGCACUGUCUCUCUAGGCGAAAUGUUCUCCAAGGCGGAUACAAAACUUCGAAAGAUCAUGGUGGCCGGUGUGGUGCGAGAAUUCGAAGACGCCAGUCGCAGUAGUGCCAGAAACGAGGUGACUGGUGUCAGUCGUGUAGUUUUGGGUGGACUCCUGGGCUGAUCGCCACCUUCGUUUUCCUUUUUCUUUCUUUUCCUUCUCAUAGGCGGUAUAAUGGGCGUUAACUGGUUGGGAACGGAGUAUUAAGAGCGUCGAUGUACAGGUAGAAGCUCUUUCGAAAGACACAUUCACAGAAGCUAUAGUUACUGCUGCGGAGCUAGUCGGGUCGACACUAAUAUCCUAAUAAUGCUUUUAUCUAUCAGAUUCUCUGUUCUAAUCUUUUUGUACAGAAGUCCCGAAAUGGGAACAAAUACACAUUGACC